UGUCUUAAAAUAUAUCGAUCAACUCAUCAAAGUAUAACAUUGUAAAACCAACAAAAGUUAUAACGCGUUCGGACCAAUCAAAACCGAUUUUUGAACACGUCUACUUAUAACAGGGAAUCCCCCGUACUCCUAGAAUAAAAAAGGAAGAAGUAAAAAUUCAAAAAAAUUGAUUAUAUUCCCCUAAACGUGUCCUUUUACAGAUACCCAAACGGACAACCAAACCAAACCUCUUUUUCCCUACUUUCUCUCUCCUAUUUUUUCUGUUGGUUGAACAAACCUCCAUAAUGCUUCAACUUUCUGUCUAACUCACAUUUAAAACCGUCAUUCUUCAUCUUCCUCCAUUUCUUCUCACUCUUUCCCGCAUUUUUCCAUUUCUAGGGUUUUACUAUUUCAAUGGCGAAUGAUCCUGAGAAGCAUCAUCGAAGCAUUUCGAUGAGUUCUGGUGAUAAUUCUGUUGAUGUCGUCGAUGAUUGUCACUUGAAUCAUAGAUUUUCUGACGUUGUUAUUGAUGGAAAUGGCGGAGGUGUUGAUGAUCAUGGUGAUGAGAGUAAUGGCGGUAGAGUUGCCUCUUCUGAAGAGGUUAGCAGGGGAAGUUCUUCUGGUUCGGGUUCCGGUUCUGGUUCUGGUUCUGGGGUCACUAGUGGGAGUUGCUCUAAUGGAAACAAUAGUUUUCGGGAAUCUUCAACUUCUAAUCAUCUUGUGAAAUCUGGAGAGUCCAAGCGACAUAAUCCACUCAGUAAAUUAGCUGCAAAACUUUUUGAUGAAACAGUACCCCUGAAGAAGAAGCUCAAGUGGCUGAACCGGCUUGCAACUGUUAAAAACGACGGAACUGUACAAUUUGAGGUACCCGGAGAUAUUAAAACAUCAAACCUUGAUUUGGGAACUGGUGUGGCUUCUAGUGCAAGCGCAGAAGAGGAUCAAAUGGAAUCACCGGAAAUUUAUGAUUUGCCACCUAAGCAAAUUGUGAUGCUAAUUGUUGGAACCAGAGGAGACGUGCAACCCUUUGUUGCCAUUGGGAAGCGUUUGCAGGAAUAUGGCCACAGGGUCAGAUUAGCAACUCACCGGAACUUCAAAGAUUUUGUCUUGGCUUCUGGCUUGGAGUUCUAUCCUUUAGGAGGAGACCCUAAAGUUCUUGCUGGAUACAUGGUGAAAAACAAGGGUUUCUUGCCUUCAGAACCUUCAGAGAUACCUAUUCAGAGGAAUCAGAUGAGAGAUAUUAUAUUCUCUUUGUUACCUGCUUGCAAGGAACCUGAUCCUAUAUCUCAUGUUCCAUUUACUGUUGAUGCAAUAAUUGCGAAUCCUCCAGCAUAUGGACAUACACAUGUUGCCGAGGCACUGAAAGUACCAAUUCACAUAUUCUUUACAAUGCCUUGGACGCCCACUAGUGAGUUUCCACAUCCCCUGUCACGGGUUAAGCAAUCGGUUGCGUAUAGACUCUCUUACCAAGUUGUUGAUGCAUUGAUUUGGCUUGGAAUACGGGACAUGAUAAAUGAAUUCAGGAAGAAAAAGCUGAAAUUGAGACCUGUAACAUACUUAAAACCUUCAUAUAGUGCUCCUCCUGAUACCCCCUAUGGAUAUAUUUGGAGCCCUCACCUUGUUCCCAAACCUAAAGAUUGGGGACCCAAAAUUGACGUAGUUGGUUUCUGUUUCCUUGACCUGGCUUCUAAUUACAAACCUCCAGAAGAUCUUGUUGAAUGGCUUGAAAAGGGUCAAAAGCCAAUAUAUAUUGGAUUUGGAAGCCUACCUGUCCAAGAACCUGAGAAGAUGACUAAUAUCAUUGUACGAGCUCUGGAACUCACUGGACAAAGAGGAAUCAUCAAUAAAGGCUGGGGUGGUCUUGGCAAUUUGGCAGAACCAAAGGAUUUUGUAUACCUGUUGGAUAACGUUCCUCAUGAUUGGCUAUUUUUGCAAUGUGCUGCUGUGGUGCAUCAUGGUGGUGCUGGGACAACUGCUGCUGGUCUUAAAGCUGCGUGUCCAACAGCAAUCGUGCCAUUCUUUGGUGACCAACCCUUUUGGGGAGAACAAGUGCAUGCGAAGGGUGUAGGGCCACCACCUGUCCCAAUCGAGGAGUUCUCGCUUGAGAAAUUGGUUUCUGCAAUACGCUUCAUGCAGGAUCCCAUGGUUAAACAACGUGCUGUGGAGCUGGCAAAGGCAAUGGAAAAUGAAGAUGGGGUUGCUGGUGCGGUGAAUGCCUUUCACAAGCAUUUUCCCCGUGAUCUCCCUGAGCCGGAUCAUUCAGAACUUCAAAAGCGACAUAAAUCACAUUUAUCGAUAAGAGGGUGUUUUUUGGGCCAACAUUAGGCUUCAUGUCCAUUUAUGCCAGAUCGUCUUUUGAGCCAUCUAUAUCUAGGCAUGAUAACACCUUAUUGACUUGACUAACCACCCACCUCACCUGGUCACUGUAAUCUUUUUCAACUCAAGAAGCAGUUUUGUUAAUACGUUGUUUUUGCAGCAAUCAGAUCAUUGUAUUUAUGUAACAGCCUGUUGUUUAUGCGGCUGUAUGACGAUUGUGUUUUAAUAUGUAAUUUUUGCUCCAGUAAUAUCAAAAUAUUAUUAUGAUCUAA